GUCAGUGGUAGGGAUGACUUGAAAUUUUUUCAAAGUCACUCUGAUCUACUCAGCAUUUGAUGCUGAAUCCAAAUAAAAUAAGCAGAAAAUUGUUCGAGGUCAGCAAAGUGGGGAAACCAUGCGGUUUUCUCAGAAACAGUCGGUUUUCCACGUUUUUCUGUUUUUACAAGUUUUCUGCUGUACGGUUGACGUCAAAAAUCUUUAAAGGUGAUAUUCUUGAUCAACUCGACGUGCUCUAUCCAACUAUGUAUAAUUCGACCAGAUUCACUUUAUCACUAACCUUUCGAAUUUCCGGCACCUUACCUAGAAAAUUAACUAUUGAACCUCAGACAAUGGGAUAAAAAUCUCAAAGAAGAAGACGUCGACAAGCGGGUCGCAGUUCGACAACUCAGCAUCAUUCGAAAUAUUGAAUGGCGCUCAAACGGGAAGAACGCUAUCAGAGAUUAAAAUUAUAGGUUUUGUAGAGAAUUCAAUUCUCUAUCGAUUGACUUUAAAAAGAAUCCUUGGAACUAUUGGAUGGUACCUCAAAAACAACGCACAAACGUGGCCGGUUUUAUCUGGCCCACCCGUUAGAAAAAAGCUUUCUAAUAUUCAAUCGAACAAAACAGAUAGAUUCCAUUUUUGCUUAUUAGUAGGCCUCUAGCAUUCAGAUAGAGAUAUACAUAUAUCUCAGAUGUAUGUCUAUUGACAUUUGCUUCACAUUUGUCACGUUUUCUUUCUGUGUAGAAGAAAACGAGGAAAGAGAACAGUUAGUGGAAGAACAAAAUGCGAGACUAUAACUGUUCUCUUUCCUCGUUUUCUUCUACACAGAAAGAAAACGUGACAAAUGUAAAGCAAAUGUCAAUAGACAUAUAUCUGAGAUAUAUGUAUAUCUCUAUCUGAAUGCUAGAGGCCUAGUAUUUCUUUUCAUACGACGUUAAGUAAGGUCAAUAACUCAAUUUAACUUUGUUUUGGAUGACAGAACAAUGACAUAGUGUUGUUACAUUGAAAGUAUCUUAUUUGUUUGAGUUCAGAUACGAGCAGUUGUAACAACAUCCGAUGAAUUAAUACAACAAAUAUCCAAAGAUCAAAAAAUUCAAAUAAAAAUUGAUAAUGCAAUUAUACCAAUGAGCAUAUUUAGAAUUGAUGAAGAUGGACAAACUCAUAAAAAUCUUGCUAACGAAAAUGGCGAUUUUAUGUGGUUUUAA